AUGAUGUCGCAUUUAAAGUUAUAUGAAAUUCGCGGUGCACAGUUUAAUCAUGAAAAUCAAACGACUCGUUUCUGUUUGUAUGCACCGAAUGCGAGAAACGUUUACGUCAUAUUGAUUGCUUAUGGUUUCCAACAGUAUCGAUUGGAAAUGGUUAAAAACCACGAAAAUUUAUGGGAAAUUGUUACUGAUAAAGCACCACCAGGACAAAGAUAUCUUUAUUUAAUCAAUGAUUUUCGAGGAAGAGAAAAACUACGGAUCGAUCCAAUCAGUUUUUCCGUUGUUUCGAAUCGUCUCACUAGACAAGUUCAAUCUGUUGUUCAUGACGAACAUGCGUAUGUCUGGAAUGAUCAAAAUUGGAUGCGACGACGUUCUCAAACAAAUCCAUUAAAACUUCCUCUUUCUAUCUACGAAAUCCAACCUAAAUCAUGGAAAAGCAGUGUGUAUUGGCCGAUGAAUUACCGUCAAUUAACUUUCGAUCUAAUCAACUAUUGUCUAGAGAUGGGAUUUACUCAUGUUGAAAUGUAUGGUAUACUGGAACAUACCGAUCGCUGGGAAUACGGUUAUCAAAUCUCGAACUAUUUCGCUCCUUCUCGCUUUAACGGUCAAUGCGAUGAUUUAAAAUAUUUGAUUGAUCAUUUACAUCAAAACAACAUCGGCGUUAUUCUUGAUUGGGUUCCGACACAUUUCAAGCAUCAUCACUUUUUCCAUGGAUAUUCGACUUCUUUGCAUGAAUACGAUGGAACAGAUCUAUACGCGAAUGUACCAUCGCAAUGGUCGACACUUUAUUUCGAUUUUGAUAAAGAAGAAACACGUCGACUUUUAUUCGCUAGUGCGCUGUACUUUCUUGAUCGAUUGCAUUUUGAUGGAAUUCGUUUCGAUGCAGUCAGUCAGAUGAUUCGACGGAAUCAAACGGAUAUUCCGAGUGCAAUGACAUUCCUACGCGAACUCAAUCAGACGAUUCAUACGCACUAUCCCGGUGUGAUGUGCAUUGCAGAAGAGUCGGAAGGGUAUCCGAAUGUGAACAGAGCACUGAACUUCGAUUUGAAAUGGAAUUUUGGUUGGAGUAACAAUGCGCGGAACUUUCUUCGGACACCAGUGACUGAACGCGCAGGACAUUGGCGAGAAAAGAUUCUGGAUGUUUUGAAUUGCGCUCGAUGGAGUGAGGAUAAAAUGAUUUGUACAGUAAGUCAUGACGAUACGGAAACAGGCCCGUUUGAUAGUCGAAAUGUUCUGUUGAAUUGUGCCUCGCAUGCGCGAAACGAAAUAGAAAAAUUUGCAGAUUUGAGAAAUUUUUUCGCUUGGCAAAUAUGUGCACCAAGUCGUGGACAUUUGAUUCAUAUGGGCGACGAAAUUGUUCAACCCAUGUCUUGGUUUCAACGAUGUUUUCGAGGAAAAUCGAGUAUGGAUUGGUCAUUGUCCAACUCAACAUCGUUGCAUGGUCGAAUUCAAAAAUGUAUUCAAGAUCUUAAUCAUCUCUACAUUCGUCAUCGACAAUUUUGGGAGUACGGUGAGGAGAGCUAUUCGUUAAUUUAUGAGUAUGCGCCAAAUCUAGUCAUUGCAUAUCAUCGAGGAAUUUCGAAUAAUUAUCGAAUUGCUGUUAUUCAUAACUUUUCCGAUCAUGGUUAUAGAUCUUAUGACAUUCAAUUACCGAAGUCGGACCCCAAUAUCGAACGUAUUCAACAUGUAAAAGAAAUAUUCAAUACAAACCAACUACAAUACGGUGGAUCCGGUACUUUUCAAAAUGAAAGGAUCGAAAUUGAUCGCAACAAUAUGACACUGACUGUCGCACUACCCCCUCUUUCAACAAUUGUUUUAAAUGAAACUUUGAUUUGA